GGCAAAGGGCCCUGCGGAGAAAAAAUGCAUUAAUACCAAAAUCCAUAGAAGAUUAAAAAGCUUUAGAGAGCUUCAAAGUUAGAGUCAAUUAGCCAAAGGGUUUGAGGCGUAGUUCUCUAGUAUGCAGGGCAAGGAAGAAGAUGACUAGGAAAAUAGAGGAAGGGUCUCUCAUUGAUGGGCAUAUGACUUUCGAGUCACCUGGAGUCAUACCUUCUUAUCCAUUUCUCUUUCUGCUCAUUGAGUUAAAUUUCCCGGUUUGCAAAUGUUGGAAACAUGCUCAGGCUUCAGAAGGGAUCUUCACGGAUAUCCCGAUAGUAUAUGAAUAUAAGCGCUUCCAGCGUGCCGGGUUUCACGAUACCAAGCACAAAGAUCUUACCCUCUACGAGGGAAAGCCGAACAAACAUAAUAAUGCAGCAUGGGAGCAUCUGCUUGAAGUCGGAGUUGUAGCCAUCUCACGAGAAGAAAACGAAAGACUCAAGAAUGGCACUGCGACAACGCCAGCCAAUUCGAAUGAGUACAUGGUGGAACUUGAAUUAUUUCAUCAACUCCAUUGCUUGAAAUGGAUCCGCGACCAGCUCUGGGAACUGGAGGAGGUAGUCUCUAGUCGCAAGAAACUCGGCGAGUUCUCUCAACGAACAGAUCAUAAUGACCAUUGCAUCGACUACCUUCGACAAUCUAUCAUGUGCCACGGCGAUGUAACUCCCAUCACUUUUGAGUGGAACUCUGAGAUUAACAACUAUCUGGGUCAUCAUAGCACAGAGCACCAAUGUAGAGAUUUUAAUCAGAUUUUCAAUUGGGCCAAGGGACGAGGAAGAACAGGAUUGAUGGCUGACGGGGCACAUCAAAAUGUAGAGCUUGAGAGGCCCGAAAUGUACGAUUAA